GUCACCAGGCAUCAGGUCAUUUGGCUCGACCCGCGGGGCACCGCGUCAUCUGGCGAGGCAGUGGGCAACCGAGUCAUACUGGUAAGACCGCGGGCACCUGAAGGUAUGUCAGACAUUCUGGAUCGUCUGACUGGACAGCGGGCAUCGGGUCACCAGGCAUCAGUCAUUUGGCUCGACAGCGGGCACCGCGUCAUCUGGCAAAGGCAGUGGCACCGAGUCAAGCAGGCACGACAGUGGGCACCGAUCAUCAGAGCAUGGAUCGUCUGGCUCGACAGCGGGCAUCAGGUCACCAGGCAUCAGGUCAUAUUGGCUCGCCAGCGGGCACCGCGUCAUCUGGCAAGGCAGUGGGCACCGAGUCACCAUGUACGACAGCGGGCAUCUGAGUCAAUUGGCACGACAGCGGGCACCAGGAUUCAUUCAUAGUAACCAGGAUCAUCUGGAUCAACAGCGAGGCAUCCGAGUCAACUGGCUAAUAGGGAUCGUCAGGCAU